CUUUUAGUUUAAGUUUGGCCGGGGGGCUUGUUUGUAGUUUGAAGUCCAGCUCGGGGCUGCUCCGACGCCGCGCGCGACCCCUGCCUCACCCUCAGCCGUCUCGCCCUCCUCCUUUUCGGCCUCCGGGCCGAGCAUCGCCCCGUCCUCCUUCCAACCCUCCUUGCGAGCCAUCCCCGCGCGUUCCGGUCCGCCCGGAAAACAAGCCCGCCGCCGCCGGCGCGCGCUUCCAACGGACCCGACCGCUGCCAGGCCUCCUCUGACAGCACGAUGGGUGACAGUGAUGACGAAUACGAUCGGAGACGGAGGGACAAAUUUCGGAGAGAGCGCAGCGACUAUGACCGUUCCCGGGAAAGAGAUGAAAGACGGCGAGGGGACGAUUGGAAUGACCGAGAGUGGGACCGUGGCCGUGAGCGCCGCAGUCGGGGUGAAUAUCGAGAUUAUGACCGGAAUCGAAGAGAGCGCUUCUCACCCCCUCGCCAUGAACUUAGCCCUCCACAAAAGCGCAUGCGGAGAGACUGGGAUGAGCACAGCUCUGACCCAUACCACAGUGGCUAUGACAUGCCCUAUGCUGGGGGGGGUGGGGGACCAACUUACGGCCCCCCUCAGCCCUGGGGCCACCCAGACGUCCACAUCAUGCAGCACCAUGUCCUGCCUAUCCAGGCCAGGCUAGGCAGCAUUGCAGAGAUUGACCUGGGUGUGCCACCACCCGUAAUGAAGUCCUUCAAAGAAUUCCUCCUGUCCCUGGACGACUCUGUGGAUGAGACCGAGGCAGUUAAGCGCUACAAUGACUACAAGCUCGACUUCCGAAGGCAGCAGAUGCAGGACUUUUUCCUGGCUCAUAAAGAUGAGGAGUGGUUCCGAUCUAAGUAUCACCCCGAUGAGGUGGGAAAGCGCCGGCAGGAGGCCCGGGGGGCCCUGCAGAACCGAUUGAAGGUGUUCCUGUCCCUCAUGGAGAGUGGCUGGUUUGACAACCUUCUCUUGGACAUAGACAAAGCUGAUGCCAUUGUGAAGAUGUUAGAUGCAGCUGUCAUUAAGAUGGAAGGUGGCACAGAGAAUGACCUCCGAAUCCUGGAGCAGGAGGAAGAGGAAGAACAGGCAGGCAAGGCUGGGGAGGCCAACAAGAAAGAGGAAGGCCGUGCUGGACCAGUCCCGGGGGAUGGAGAGCGCAAGGUCAACGAUAAGGAUGAGAAGAAAGAAGAUGGAAAACAGCCGGAAAAUGACAGUCCUAAUGAUGACAAAACGAAAUCUGAGGGUGACGGGGACAAGGAGGAGAAGAAAGAAGAGGCUGAGAAGGAACCCAAGAAGAGCAAGAAGCGGAACAGGAAGCAGAGUGGUGAUGACAGCUUUGAUGAGGGCAGUGUGUCCGAAUCUGAGUCCGAGUCUGAGAGUGGUCCAGCUGAGGAGGAGAAAGAGGAGACCGAGGAGGCACUUAAAGAAAAGGAGAAGCCCAAGGAAGAAGAGAGGGAGAAGCCCAAGGAUGCUGCAGGGCUGGAGUGUAAGCCCCGGCCCCUGCAUAAGACUUGCUCUCUCUUCAUGCGCAACAUUGCCCCCAACAUUUCGAGGGCAGAGAUCAUUUCUCUCUGUAAGCGGUACCCAGGCUUUAUGCGAGUGGCGCUGUCGGAGCCCCAACCUGAGAGGAGGUUUUUCCGCCGUGGCUGGGUGACUUUUGACCGCAGCGUUAAUAUUAAGGAGAUCUGUUGGAACCUGCAGAACAUCCGCCUCCGUGAGUGUGAAUUGAGUCCUGGUGUGAACAGAGACCUGACCCGUCGUGUCCGCAACAUUAAUGGUAUCACACAGCACAAGCAGAUAGUGCGCAAUGACAUCAAGCUGGCAGCCAAGCUGAUCCACACACUGGAUGACAGGACCCAGCUCUGGGCCUCUGAGCCUGGGACACCACCUGUGCCCACAAGCCUGCCCUCGCAAAACCCCAUCCUAAAGAACAUCACUGACUACCUGAUUGAGGAAGUGAGUGCGGAAGAGGAGGAGCUUCUGGGGAGCAGUGGAGGGCCCCCUCCUGAGGAGCCUCCCAAGGAAGGCAACCCAGCAGAGAUCAAUGUGGAGAGGGAUGAAAAGCUGAUCAAGGUCUUAGAUAAGCUCCUGCUGUAUUUGCGGAUUGUGCACUCUCUGGAUUAUUACAACACUUGUGAGUACCCCAAUGAAGACGAGAUGCCCAACCGCUGCGGCAUAAUCCACGUUCGGGGGCCCAUGCCUCCCAACCGGAUCAGUCACGGAGAAGUGCUGGAGUGGCAGAAGACGUUUGAGGAGAAGCUGACUCCGCUGCUGAGUGUGCGGGAAUCGCUUUCUGAAGAAGAGGCACAGAAGAUGGGGCGUAAGGACCCCGAACAGGAAGUGGAGAAGUUUGUCACCUCCAACACGCAGGAACUGGGCAAGGAUAAGUGGCUCUGUCCUCUCAGUGGCAAGAAAUUCAAGGGCCCUGAGUUUGUACGCAAACAUAUCUUCAAUAAGCACGCAGAGAAGAUUGAGGAGGUGAAGAAGGAGGUGGCAUUCUUUAACAACUUUCUCACAGAUGCUAAGCGCCCAGCUUUGCCCGAGAUCAAGCCUGCUCAGCCACCUGGCCCUGCCCAGAUACUCCCCCCAGGCCUGACUCCAGGACUUCCCUAUCCGCACCAGACGCCACAGGGCUUGAUGCCAUAUGGUCAGCCCCGGCCUCCCAUCUUGGGCUAUGGAGCUGGUGCUGUCCGCCCUGCAGUCCCAACAGGAGGGCCUCCAUACCCCCAUGCUCCGUAUGGCGCCGGUCGCGGGAACUAUGAUGCUUUUCGAGGCCAAGGAGGAUACCCUGGGAAACCUCGGAACAGGAUGGUUCGAGGAGACCCGAGGGCCAUAGUGGAGUAUAGGGACCUGGACGCCCCAGAUGAUGUUGAUUUCUUUUGAGCCCCUCACUCUACAUCGACGACCAUCUACUGCCCAUGACCACUUCAUCCCAUCAGCUGAGAAUUUUUUUGUACGUUGUUUUUCCUGCUAGUAAAAAGCACUUUGCUAGUGUCU